CCCAUGAUGUGGCUAUGCACAAUUUCCGUACAAAAUCACCAUCAGACUCAUACAUGUGUAAAGACGUUCUCGAAACUAUUCAAUCUCAUGGACGCCAUUGAGCAGCUGCCGUAGCUAUCAAAGUGAAAAUGGCCGCCUCAUUCGGUUUCUCGAUCGGUGAUUUUAUCGCUGGAAUUAACCUCGUCAUUCAGAUAACCUCCGCUUUAUCUGCCGCGUCAGAAUCUACAGCCUCGUUUGGAAGUUUGAUUGCUGAACUAUACGUUCUUGAGAGAGCUCUUCAUGGAAUAAAAGAUUUGAGAUCAGACGAUGGGACACUUCAGGGUGUCGAUUCAAUAUCAAAUAGCCCAUAUUCCCAGGAGCUGGAAGCUUUACACCGUUCUUCCUACUUUGCAGCCAGCCAAUGUCAGAAAACGAUCGACAGACUACUCACAAAACUUAAGCCUUUCCAGGGCCAUCUUGCCACGAAUGGAAAGUCGAAGAAAUGGACGCAAAGAUGGAGAAAGGUUCGGUGGGCUGUUCUGACGGAGGGCGAGAUUGAAGGGUAUCGAGCAGAGAUUGUAGGAAAUGUUUCCGCGAUAAAUUUGAUUCUUAAUCUUAUCCAGAUGUAAGUCUUGCAGGAGCUUCCACAGAUUGCGCAUGCUAACUUCUGGCGAAGCGAGUCCGCGAAACUUCACUUCCACAGGACCAGAUCUGGCCAAGAGAGCAUCAAAAGCCUCACUCAGCAGAACUAUAAUAACACUAUGUCUUACCUAGUAGGCACACUGGGAGGGUAUGUACCAAUAGUCUUAUUUCAUGAUCCAGCUAACAUGUAGAAGUCUCGGACAAAAGUCAGACAGGCUGUUAGAGGCAACGGAUUCCAUUGUGUAUGUAUCACCAGCGCCUCUUAUGUGCUAAAGGACUAAGACUAUUCCUUGGAAGGCGCUCCAACUCACAAAUAGUCCAAGGCAUUUUACAACAACAAGAAAUUGGCCAAACUCCCAGUGCUAACAACAAAUGUAAACCAAUAACCUUCAUUGAUGCGUUUGGCAAGGAAACUCAUUUCCAUCUUGAUUUCGUCUAUUCGCAUACCGUAGGCACUCCUCUUUAUCCCAUGGUAAACUUUUCUUUUUUAAUCAUAUCACUGAUUGUUCUUGAUAAGUCCUUCAAGACUGGCUAAUGGGUCGGUUCAAAGAGACUGGCUACGAUAAAAUUGUCAACAUGGAGUAUGCCAUCGAAGAUUUACGAACAAAACGCCAGAUUACGCUUUCAAAAGACUGGCAAACUAUCUAUCCUGGGAUGUGUUUAGGUAUGGAGAUUGUUUUCAGCUGGACCCUGGAUCAAAGUCGUGGUGAAAAAUGGUAUAAUUGUCCUGUUUGUGAAGAAAGAUGUGGGUAAAACAAACGCCUACACCUUCUGGUAGGUAUCUCCCAUUUGCGUAUCUUUCAGUGACAAUUGUGGUGUACAAUUCAAACGAAUUUAUGAUGUGCCUUUCGAGUCCGAGAAAGCCCAAGGCUCUCCAGAUUCAGGAAACGAAACUAUCCAAUCGAAUAACAAAAAGGGGAACUUACAGAUGGCCAGGAAAGAUAUGCAACCGUCUAAGUCUCUCAAGCAAAACAACGCCCGAAGCCAUCUCCUAAACUGGUACAAACGCACUCAAAAUGAAAAGUUGCAAAUGCAGGCCUUCCGAAGAUUCAGAUUUCAACCGACCAGAGCAGAGUUUGACCUAGCCGUCGUUACUCCCGGACUAAUAUUUACCUCUAUAGCUGAUACCGGUAUAAUUGAAUCAAAUGACCCAGGUUUUGUAAUAUGUGCAAAUAAGGCUCUGGCUGGCGAACAAGUAUAUAAUCUGAUACUCGAUGGCUGCACAGCGUGUCAAGACAGCCCUGUUCUCCAUCACCCAAACAUAUUGUAUGGUCUUCUUAACACCGGCAUCAUUCUCAAAUUCAAUGAGGAUACUGAGGAAGCGGAGAAACUAUUCUUUCGAGUUCUGAAAGAAACGGGUAUGCCAUUCGAUGGCGUUUCAAGCGAAAAUUACGAUACAGCUCUGGUCAUAUUCACAGUUUCCAAUCUAGCAUUUGUCCAAAUGAAAUUAGGGAAGCUCCAGAGCGCGAUAGAUAUUCUAAAAGCUUGUAUCCAUACAAUAAACGAAAAUGAGGAGGAUUUCCUUUGCCUUCAUUUUACCUUGUCGACAAUUUUAUGGGAGGAGGGCAAAUUUGAAGAAGCCAUAUCAGUACUGGAGUCAAUUUCUCUUGACAAAUAG